GGUCCUUUCCACUGAACUCCAACCCCCGCGCUCUCUAUCAGCAUCUCAUUCCUGUCUCAAUAUGUCUCAAGAUGGCGGCCAAUGCAGGAUCGAUGUUUCAAUAUUGGAAGCGCUUUGACUUACAACAACUACAGAAAGAACUAGAUGCCACCGCCACACAGCUUGCCAACAGACAGGACGAGAGUGAACAGUCCAGGAAGAAACUAAUUGACCUGAGCCGCGAGUUCAAGAAGAACACACCAGAGGAUUUCCGGAAACAGGUUGCCCCUUUGCUCAAGAGCUUCCAAGGAGAGAUCGAUGCCUUGAGUAAGAGAAGUAAAGAAGCAGAGGCCGCCUUCUUGAACGUGUACAAGAAAAUAAUUGAUGUCCCAGAUCCUGUACCUGUGUUGGAGCUGGCUCAGCAGCUGCAGCUGAAGCUCCAGAGGAUGCACGACAUUGAGACAGAGAACACCAAACUUCGAGAGACACUGGAGGACUACAACAAAGAGUUUGCAGAAGUCAAAAACCAAGAGAUGAGUGAGAAGCAGCUGAAGGAGAAGAUUCGUGAGUAUGACCGUUUGAAGAAUCAAGCGGAGAACCUGGCCCAAGAGAAGCAGCUCCAGCUACACAACGACUAUGCAGAGAAGGAGAGGAAACUCCAGGAGAGCCAGGACUCCAUGUCGUCAAGGUUGGAAGAGGCCGAACACAAGGCCCAGUCCCUACAGACAGCACUUGAAACAACUCAGGCCGAGCUCUUUGAUUUGAAGACCAAGUAUGACGAGGAAUCCACAGCUAAGGCCGAUGAGAUUGAGAUGGUGAUGACAGACCUGGAAAGAGCCAAUCAGCGAGCAGAGGCAGCCCAGAGAGAGACGGAGUCGCUCAGAGAGCAGCUGUCCUUGAGUAACCAAUCCCAGCAGCUCGGCAGCCCGGCCAAGGCCGACCCCGACACGGAACAGCCAACGGAGGUGGCACCCCACUCAAGUCUGGAGGCGGAGCUCAGGGCCAAAGAAAGGGAGACCGCCCAGCUGGUGGAGGACGUCCAGAGACUGCAGGCCAGCCUGACCAAACUCCGAGAGACCACCAGCUCCCAGAUCACACAGCUGGAGCAGCAGCUCAGCAGCAAGACCGCUGUUCUCAAGGAACUAGAGGAGAAACUGCAGAAACAAGCUGACUAUGAGGAGGUGAAGAAGGAGUUGAGUAUCCUCAAGUCUAUGGAGUUUGGAACAGCUGACUCUGUGCAGGACUCCUCCAAACCUCUGGAGGUGCUGUUGCUGGAGAGGAACCGUAGUCUUCAGUCUGAGAGCGCCGCUCUGCGCAUUGCCAACACUGAGCUCAGCGGCUGUUACACAGAGCUGCAGAUGGAGUUUUCGGCUGCAGUGCGAAUCAGUGCGGAGCAGAAGGAGCUGAUCCUGAAGCUGGAGCACGACCUCAGCACCAUCCAGACCAUGUCCUCCAGGCCGCGCCCCGACGCUGACGGGUCAGAGGUCAGCAACAUGGAGAACAUCCCAGAGCCGAUCAAAGAGGCCUCUGCCAUGUUUGCCGGUUCAGGCGUAGGCCCCCAUCCGGAGCUUCCUCAAGGCCAGAUGGACUCUCUGCUCUCCAUCAUCUCCAGCCAAAGGGAGAGGUUUCGCUCCCGCAAUCAGGAGCUGGAAGCUGAGAAUCGCUCCAUGCAGCAGACCAUGCAGGCACUGCAGAAUGAGCUGGACAGCCUGAGAGCAGACAACAUCAAACUCUACGAGAAAAUCAAAUUCCUGCAGAGCUAUCCUGGCAAAGCUGGAGGUAGUGAUGACACUGUGAUGCGCUACUCCUCCCAGUACGAGGAGAGACUGGAUCCGUUUGCUUCCUUUAGCAAGAAGGAGCGUCAGCGCCGAUACCUGAGCCACCCCUGGGACAAAGCUACUCUGAGCCUGGGUCGUGUGAUUCUCUCCAACAAGGUGGCGAGGACUGUUGCGUUCUUCUACACACUGUUCCUGCAUUGUUUGGUCUUCCUGGUGCUGUACAAGACCGCCUGGAGCGAGAGUAUCGGCAGAGACUGCUCUGCCUUCUGCGCUAAAAAGUUCUCUGACCACCUCCAUCGUUUCCAUGAGAACGAACAAAACCUUUAAGCUGGUUCUACAUUCAGCAGCAUGCAUAUCAACCUGAUAAACCAGCUCAUGAAGACAGAGCUUUACUUUAAUUCUUGCAGUAGCUAAGAUCUCCACUAGGGGGCGGUUGAGGGCCGUAAACUGUAAAUCAAACAGUUUAUUGAUUCAAAAAGGGGUUCUUUUCAAGUCUAGAUUCUUGAUCUAAGUUUCAAUUAAUAUAUAAGUCAAGUAAAACUAAAACUUCCUUCUUCUACUCUUAACUUAAACUAAUUAAUCACGUAAUAAACAUAAUGUAAUCGGGGCUGCUGUUGCAGGAUGAAAUUAAGUUACCAAAGGGACCACAUUGUUAGGGUCGUGGUGUGUUUUUAUUUCUGGGUUUAGCUGAAAUUGAAAAUAAUUGGAUCAUUUAGUCAAUAAAGACAAAGUGGGUAUAAGAUUGUAGCUUAUAUGGUUAAUAUUAUCAUUUAUGUUUAAUUGGAGAGUGCACUGUAAAAGGUGGGUUAUUAGGGAGGAGGUGGUGUUUGUAAGAAUAAUGGUGGUGGAACAAUCUAUCCAGUAGGGAUAUGUUUACUUUGUCAUUCCUCUGAGAUCUGACUAAUAGGAUUGAUUAAUUGGUAAGUAUAGUCUUUAAUAAAUCUUUGGCGCGGAAGGCCCCUUGUUACUGUUAGUUGCUAUUAAGAGAUCAAAAGAUUGAGACACGAGGGUCUGCAGCAGUAAUACACUAAGGGUUACUGAGUUGAUUAUUCUCCAAGACAGAUUACUGUGCAUGUUUACCUGCUUACUUACUUCUUUUCUGACUGGCAUUGCAUAUAUAUUCCAAAUAAAGACUAUGCAGUAAU